AAUUCCUGUCCGUUUCGCUCCUCUUCCCUCUCCGUCUCUCGCUUUCCUCGUCUCACUCCUCUUCCCCCUCCCUCUCUCUAUCUUCUCCCAAAACCACUCGAAGCUAGGGUUUCGGCGAAGUGAUCUCGCUCACCGCAGCUAUGGAGGAGGCCCCGAGGAAGAGGAAGCCGGAGGAGGAGUCCUCCCCUGAAGAGGAUGAAUCGCCUCUCGCAUCGGAGCCGAAGAGGCGGCGGAUCUCCGGCGACGGAGGCGGAGGAGGAGGGGAGGCGGCGGAGAAGGGGAACGGGGGGUCGCUUCUAGGGCUGGCGGAUUAUAAGGAUGAUGAGGAUGAAGAAGAGGGAGAGGAGAGGGAGAGGGAGCCGAAUGGUCGGCGGAGGGGGGAGGAGGAGGAGGAGGAGGAGGAGGAGGAUAGAGGUCGAGCUGAUGAGGAGGAGGAAGACGAAGAGGAAGAGGAAGAUGAUGAGCCGCGGGUGGCGCCGGCGAGGAGGCAGAGGCAUGUGGAGGUGCGGAGGGAUUGCCCUUACCUAGACACUGUUAAUCGCCAGAAUGUUGAACUACGCUUCCUACUAAAGAAUUCCAAUAAACAACAUGGAAUGUGUUGA